CUCUCUCCACUAAUUACUGUCGUUGUCUUUGCCAGCAAUGAGCAUCUGCAAGCUGUAUUGAAAAAGCUUCUGUUUCGACAAGUCCGGACAAGUCGACAUGCAGAUGGCAUGGCAUCCAUGAAGGUCUCGGUGGAGCAGAUCAAUGGGGAGGCCAUGGUGGUCGAAGUGAUGCCAGAGAUGAAGAUCAGCGACUUCAAAGCGCUGCUAAAAGCACAGCGGGUUUGCGGAGAUGAAGUCAUGCGCAAGAUUGCCAAAGCGGAGGUUUUGGUGGGAGGCCAAAAGACAACUGACGACAAUGCGACUUUAAUAGAGACAGGCAUUUCUCCUACUGCUCAAGUGCAAGUUCUCUUCACAACCCAUACGGUGGAGUGUUGCAGUAAACAUGACUCUGGAACAAAACCUGAGGUCUUGACCGUCGUGAAAAUUCCCGACUCAGCCGCAAGUAUCGGAAUCAAAGCCUUCGAAAACUGCCGGUCGCUGACCCUUUUGACCAUCCCCAACUCGGUGACCUCCAUUGGGGACUCUGCCUUUGCAUUUUGCGGAGAAUUGACACGUUUGACCCUUCCAGACUUCGUGACCUCCAUCGGAGCCCGUGCCUUUGCGUUUUGUGUGUCCUUGACCAGCGUGAAGAUUCCCAGCACUGUGACGUCCAUUAAGGCUGGCACAUUUGUCGGCUGCAGCGAGAUUACGAACUUGACCAUUCCCAACUCGGUCACUUACAUUGGAGCCAAUGCAUUUGCAGGUUGUCGUUCAUUGACAAGCUUGACGGUUCCCGAGUCUGUGACUUUCAUUGGAGACUAUGCAUUUGCAAGCUGCAGCCGCUUGACAAGCUUGACAAUUUGCAAGUCUCAAACUUCAAUUGGAGACUACGCAUUCUCAGGCUGCAGUUCUUUGACAAGCUUGACAAUUCCUGAGUCUGUCACAUCCAUUGGAGUUUGCGCGUUUGCAGAAUGCCGUUCCCUAAGAAGCUUGACCAUUUCCAGCUCUGCAAAUUCCAUCGGAUUCGAUGCGUUCAAAAACUGUGCCUUGUUGACCAACUUCACUGGCUCACCCGAUUCUGUGAGACUUUUGCAGCAAACAAUCGACAGCAAUAAGGCAGAGGCUUCGAAGGGGGUCUCUGUUUGACGUCCGGCUCGUGCGUUGGCCGAACAACGUCGUGCGCCCAGUGUGUGCCAACGAGUGCCUGUACAAAGAGCUUUAAGCGAGUUGCGGCCA